UGUAUGCUGGGGCUCUCUGCUCCUCCCCGUUCGACAGACAGCUGCAUCUCUCGUGAGUGCCAGCUGCAUCUCUGAGACACAAUGGUGAAGGUUGGAGUGAACGGAUUUGGCCGUAUCGGGUGCCUGGUCACCAGGGCUGCUUUUCACUCUGGCAAAGUGGACAUUGUUGCCAUCAACAGCCCCUUCAUUGACCUCAACUACAUGGUCUACAUGUUCCAGUAUGAUUCCACCCAUGGCAAGUUUCAUGGCACCAUCAAGGCUGAGAAUGGGAAGCUUGUCAUCAAUGGAAAGUCCAUUACCAUCUUCCAGGAGCGAGAUCCUGCCAACAUCAAAUGUGACGCUGGUGCUGAGUACGUUAUGAAUUCCACUGGUGUCUUCACUACCAUGGAGAAGGCUGGGGCUCACUUGAAGGGUGGAGCCAAGAGGAUCAUCAUCUCUGCCCCUUCUGCUGAUGCCCCCAUGUUUGUGAUGGGCAUCGUGGAGGGACUUAUGACCACAGUCCAUGCCAUCACUGCCACCCAGAAGACUGUGGACGGCCCCUCUGGGAAGCUGUGGCGUGAUGGCGGAGGCACUGCCCAGAACAUCAUCCCUGCUUCUACUGGCGCCACCAAGUCUGUGGGCAAGGUCAUCCCGGAGCUGAAUGGGAAGCUCACUAGCAUGGCCUUCCAUGUCCCCACCCCCAAUGUGUCUGUUGUGGAUCUGACCUGCCGCCUGGAGGAACCUGCCAAAUAUGACGAUAUCAAGAAGGCAGUGAAGCAGGCAUCGGAGGGCCCCCUCAAGGGCAUCCUGGGCUACACUGAGGACCAGGUUGUCUCCUGCGACUUCAGUAGUGACACUCACUCUUCCACUUUCCAUGCUGGGGCUGGCAUUGCCCUCAACGACCACUUUGUCAAGCUCAUUUCCUGGUACGACAACGAAUUUGGCUACAGCAACAGGGUGGUGGACCUCAUGGUCCACAUGGCCUCCAAGGAGUAAGAGCCCCUGGACCACCAGCCCCAGCAAGAGCACAAGAGGAAGAGAGAGGCCCUCAGCUGCUGGGCAGUCCUGGCCCCAACUCGAUC